AUGCCAGCAUCUGAAAUAAGCAACAACGCAUCACUGUCGGUAAACGUGAUGAUGCAACAAGGCAUGCAGGCGCUAUCAAAAGUACUGAAGGGCCCACUUCGAGAUCACAAAAGACCGUCUGUGGACCAAACUACUUUACAGGCUCUAUUUGGUCGAGCGGCAGAAAGAAAGAAUCUUAAAGAACUACCUAAAGCGGAUGAUGUAGUGAGCAUAGACGAAGAAUUUUCAGCGAGCCAGAGUAUCGUGGAGACAAACCAUGAGAGCUUAGCCGAUUUUGAUGAUCCAGAGUUACACCUUGAUGGCGAAGACGGUGAGAUAAUCUUCGAUUGUGGGACCCAAGAGCUGAUGGGAUCGCCAGACCAGAUUGGUGAGCAUAUCACACAAAUGCUAGAAUCAGUGCUACCGAAUGGUAUGCAAACGGGACCCGAUGGAAGGUUGCACGCAGUGGUAAAUGGCGACGAGCUCAAUAUCACAGAGGAGUCCUUUAUAGAUUUGCAAGAAGCUAUGACAAGUCUGGGACAUCUCCAAACGGCAAAGCAACGCCAACAAAAUGUUAAACGGAACCUGGAACAACUCAGGAUAAUUGAUGAACAUGAUGACGACAAAUGCAUGGAUGACGAGCCGGAAGCUGGUCUACCCAGCGAAGAAUCUUCCCAACAAUACGAGCCCAGCACAAAGAUGAAUAAUCACAAACAUCUCGACUUCGAGUAUCCCACUUCACACACGAAGCGGACACCCAACUUCACAGCACUGAUAGACCAAAAGAGUCCCCUGUGUUUGUUUUGUGAAUAUUACAUGGUUUUCGGCGAACCACCGCGAAAUAUGAUUAAGUGGUACAAUAAGAUGUACGAGUAUGAUAGCAUUCCGAGAACAAGCGACAAGCAAGAACAACAACAUCAACAUCAGCAUCAAAAGAACCGCCGUAAGAGGAAUCGUUAG